AUGAGCGACAAUCCCGUGGUUCAGACACUCGCUUCCGAGCUGAGGACGGGCUUGGUCAUCGCUGAAAGCGCUCCUCCGGCCGCCCACCAGCAGGAUGCUCUGGCGGAACAGUUUGCUGCGCUUGAUGCUCACAUCAGCAAGCUCGAUGCUGAAAUCACGCAGCUCGAUGCUAACAUCACGCAGCUUCAGGCUGAUGCAGUGGCUCUGCAGAAGGACAUGGCCGUGGCGAAGCCGAGCACCGAGCAACGAAACAAAAUGAAAGCUGCGCUUGUCGCGAAAGGCUUCCCCUCAAUUUCAGAGCUCGCGAAGUUUCAAGGAAAGCUGGCCGCCGAGAAGGCAGCGCGGCUCGAGAAGAAGCAAAGGCUCGAGAAGAAGCAAAGGCUGGCCGCCGAGCAAGGAAAGCGCGCCUUGGAGAAACAAACCGAGGGGCAGCACGUGUUUCCUACCUCGCUCCCUCCGUUUCCUCUCAUCCAGCACACUGGCCCUUCAACCAGCGUUUCGAAAACCCACGAGAAAGCAAAAUACCGUCCCCCGCAAGAUUUCGGGAUUAUUGAUGGCUUGAUCGUACAGCCGCGGCGAGCCCAGAUUCCCAAGUCAAUCUCCAGUGAAAACGGUUUGGCAAGCUUCGUCGCGCUCGUGCUCGAUUCACUUGCGUUCACCCUCAACCUAAAUAUCCUGGCGGAGGUCAAUACAACCAUGUUCGGCCAGUCGCCAGAUGUUCUCCUUCUCACUCACUGCGAUCGCCCGCUGGUGAUUGUCGAAGUCAAGAUGCCAGGCUCCUCCGUUAUGGCAGAUGAGUACAAUGCCGGUCAGACAUACGACUGCAUUCAUCGUUGCCAUUUGCAUUAUGGCGUCAGACCGCUCUUUGGCAUCCUCACGACUUACGAGGAGUGGCGUUUUGUCUGGUGCGAGGAUGAUUUCACCACCCGGUGUGCGAGUGCAACAACGAUAGCUGAAAUCGAAAGCGACGAACACGCCACACAACCCGCACGCCGUGAGAGGGCGAUUAAUGAUCGCUUCGGCGAGCUUCGCUCCACCCGCACGGCUCUGGGUCCUGGUGCGCCCUCCGUGAACCUCUCGAAUCCGCAUCAAUCUUCAUUUGAUCGCGUGAAAAGCAAACCAGAGCCCGAUCGAUUUCUGUGUACGACUCGCGUUCUAAAGUUGCAAGGCGACGGGCCACUUCUGAUUAAUAUCCUUCGCAGCGUCAUUUACAAGGCGUGGCACUGGACGAUUUUCCAACCCAGCUUUGACGGCGCUUGUUCUGGUUUGCGGCUGACGGAGGCUUCCGUCUCUCGCCAAGACAGCGACGACAAAACUAAGUCGCCCGCUUACCAGUACUUUUACGAACAGAAGGCAAUGCCAUCGCUGGACCUCAACAAGUGGCGGUAUACCCCAGCUCGGGGUGCCGAAGCCACGUCUUUGGACUGCUUUGUCAAUCUCGGCCAGGGUCGUGAUGGCGACGCGUGGUUGGCUUCAGUUGCGACUGAAGCCCGUCCAGGUGUCUGCGUGGUGAAGUUGCGACAUCCCAAAGCCACGGCUGAGACGUUGUGCAAGGAAGAGCAGCAACGCUGGCACGCAAUCUGGGGCAAUCGUGAUUGGCCCGUCCUGUUCAAAGAUGUGCGGGUCAUCGAGUACCACACAUGGGCGGUCAUCAUGCCGUACAUUUCCCCGGCAACCGAGGCUGAUCAGAGCGAUCCAGAGGUCCAAGCUGCAGUUCAAGCCGCGGUCCAGCACAUGGCCAACUGUGGCUUUGAGCACAACGACCUGCACUGGCGUCACGUUGGCUUGUUCACUUACCACCCAACCGAACAGUUGUAUGCUGUCUUGUUCGACUUGUCAGAUGUCACGGUGGUUGACGACGACGCUCGCCAGAAUGCGUUGCAAGCGAUGCUGUCGAAUCUGUGUCUUUAA